CAAAAGAAGUGUGUGUCUAUCACUUUACUUUUUAUUCGAUCCCAAAGGUUUCCUCAUUUUGCUUUCUCCUGGCUCCCUAACCUAUCACCAAUAGAUUUCAGGUAGCCCACCUAUGUCUUCUGUCAUGUGUAAAAGAAGAUGCAAAACUGCCAUUCUCUGGAGUAUGUUCUCAAUUCAUAGAAAUUUUGCUUCUGGCAAUUGUCUGACAGUUUCAACUCACAAAACUUCUCUGCAGGCCUGAUUGUUUCUUACGUUGACACAUAACUUGUUGAUCUUAGUUGCGUAUCUAUAAAUUAGGCAAUACCAUCUAUCGCCUAGGAUUAUGGCGAGGACUGUAUGAGACGAACCUAGAACACAGGACAGGCCCUGGAUUUCCGUCACUCCGGUAACAAGUACUUACUGAGCUACUGUGACUGGGGCUGUGACUGACGGGUGGGGGGAUGAAUAGAAGGAGAAAACCUGGGCACAAGGGCGGGACUUCAAGGGGAAGGCCUCCCAGCCCCGCCCACGUGCUCCCACCGGCUCCUUGACAGCCGCCCAGGGCGCUCGACACGCCGGAUAUGACGUCACCUCCCGAGGUUCCCAGAACGAGGCGGUGGGACCGGAAGUGAACCCGGGGGGCUGGGGGUGUUCCAGACUGACCGGAUGUGGGCCCGGGCCGGCUCCCCAGCCCCAGUUCCCGGGAGCUGGUCGAGGGGAGCGCGCGGAAGGCGGGCCGCGGGGCGGGGCCGCUGCAGGGGCGGGGCCUGCAGGCUGUCCGGCGGGGGCGGGACCCCUCGCCCCGGCGGGACCCCUCGUCCCGGCGGGACCCCGCCUGCCCGGUCGCCGGCGGCGGCUCGGCCAUGAAGCUGAAGCUGAAGAACGUGUUUCUCGUCUACUUCCUAGUGUCGAUCGCCGGCCUCCUCUACGCGCUGGUGCAGCUCGGCCAGCCAUGUGACUGCCUCCCCCCGCUGCGGGCAGCAGCAGAGCAGCUUCGGCAGAAGGAUCUGAGGAUUUCCCAGCUGCAAGCUGACCUCCAUCGUCCAGCCCCUGCCCCUGCCCAGCCCCCUGAGCCUGAGGCCCUGCCUACUAUCUAUGUUGUUACCCCCACCUAUGCCAGGCUGGUACAGAAGGCCGAGCUGGUGCGACUGUCCCAGACCCUGAGUCUGGUGCCCCGGCUGCACUGGCUGCUGGUGGAGGACGCUGAGGGCCCCACCCCGUUGGUCUCCAGGCUGCUGGCUGCCUCUGGCCUCCUCUUCACACACUUGGCUGUCCUCACUCCCAAGGCCCAGAGGCUCCGGGAGGGCGAGCCAGGCUGGGUUCGUCCCCGCGGUGUAGAGCAACGGAACAGGGCUCUGGACUGGCUCCGGAGCGGAGGGGGCGCUGUCGGGGGAGAGAAGGACCCUCCGCCCCCGGGGACCCGGGGAGUUGUGUACUUUGCUGAUGAUGACAACACCUACAGCCGGGAACUCUUUGAGGAGAUGCGCUGGACCCGCGGUGUCUCCGUGUGGCCUGUGGGGCUGGUGGGCGGCCUGCGGUUCGAGGGCCCGCGGGUACAGGACGGCCGGGUUGUGGGCUUCCACACGGCGUGGGAGCCCAACCGGCCGUUCCCAGUGGAUAUGGCGGGAUUUGCAGUGGCCCUGCCCUUGCUGUUGGCUAAGCCCAAUGCCCAGUUUGACGCAACCGCUCCCCGGGGCCACCUGGAGAGCAGUCUCCUGAGCCACCUGGUGGACCCCAAGGACCUGGAGCCACGGGCUGCCAACUGCACCCGGGUCCUGGUGUGGCACACGCGGACGGAGAAGCCCAAGAUGAAGCAGGAGGAGCAGCUACAGCGGCAGGGCCGAGGCUCAGACCCUGCCAUGGAGGUGUGAUGGAUGCGCCACCUGACUGCUGUUUCGCCAGGCACAGACCUGUGGGGCUGGGCCCCUGGCUGCCAGGGUGCAGCUCUCCACGUCCUGACCCCUCAGAGCCAGGGCGGCCCCUCUGCCGUUUCAGCCCAGCUGCUCCCCCGCCCCCAGCCUGCCAUGUGGCACUGCCCACAGCUGGGGACAAGCAGCCCUUGUAUUGAGCCCGGUCAGCCCUGUCUGGGGCGGAGCAGGACGGACAGACUCAGGAGGGAGGGCAGCUGAGUAACUGGGUAACUUAUUGGGGCUGGGCACGCACGGGGGCGGGGGGCUGGAGGAGCUGGGCUGGACCCUCCCCACCUGAGCAUGCUGACCCCUCCUACCUCCAGAAUAAAACAAUCUCAACCUGCA